AUGGCUGUGACAGGAAACGGGGAUGUUUCAGCAUUCGAGGAGUAUCAGGACGGAGACCUGGAAAAGGCUCUUGAGGAGUCAGGGGUGGUCGAGGAAGUGGUCGAGGAAGUCCAGAUCGUUGAAGAUGGUAAUGCCGUAGACGAGAUGCUGCUCGCAGAAGCAGCUCUUGCCGAGGAUGCCGGCGAGGAGCUCCCAGAGGAUCUCCCGGAGCUGUUGGAGGCGCUCCCGGAGGAGCUGCCAGAAGAUCUUCCGGAGGAGCUGGAGCUCCAAGAGGAGGUCUUUGCCGAACUCGGCGUGGAGGAUUCCCAAGAGGAGCUAAAGCUGGAAGAGGAGGUCCUCGCCGAACUGGGUGUGGAGGAUUCCCAGGAGGCCAUCGUUUUGGGGGACGAUGAGGAUGAGGACAACGAAGGAGUUCAAGAUCAUCUUAUGGAUGCAGUCGAAGGCACUUUACGCUUGAAGCGAUUGCUAUCUCAAGAUGACGAGGCUCCAGAAGAAGCUCUCGCUGGCAAGAAACGCCGCACAAAGAAGGACGAUGCAAGCCCUGCAGCUGAUGAGGUCAGAAUCCAGCAGCUGCUCACGCGAUGGGGAUUGCUGCAGGACAAGGUGACCAGAUAUGUUCUGGAGAGCCUGACGCCGGCCGAACUUCAGAUGUUGGGCGACACCUACGUACCCGACAAGUUCAAUCAGUGGCGAGGUCCUGGAGAGCUGAUUGUUUGCCAGAUUGCAGCAAUGAAAGAGCGAGUAGGAGCGGGUGGUGGAGCUGCUGAUUCCAUCGUGGCUUUCAGACACAGAUGGAAGAUGAACGCGGACGAAGAGGCCAUGCUGCGAGGGUUGUCUCACAAGGAUCUGCGGUAUGUCAUGCAGGAGUUCGAUGGUGAGACCUCACUUGAGGACUUUCUUCCACAGGCCAGUAGCUCUGUGGCCGAUGAGUCCAUUGCGGAGGGCACUCUGCCAGACGAGCCAGGCCAGCCUGUGGUCUCACGGUUCAACCGUCUCGAUCUCAUCGAUCCCUUGGCGGACUGCGCUGUGUUCGGGGACGCCAACCUUAGCUUCGCCCUGAAGCUGGCAAAGCACAGAGAGGCUCUGGGAGAUGUGGGAAGAGUUAUUGCGACAACCUUUGAGACACUCGAAUGUCUUCGCGAGCGUUACCAGGAAAUUGAUGCAACAAUCAAGACUCUGGAAGGUCUGUAUUCUGAGGUCUACCACGGUGUGGACUGCACUCGAAUUGCAGUGGACAGCCGGUUUCACGGCAUGGAGGGCAGCCUGGGAGCAGUGUACUACAACUUUCCGCAUGCCGGUGCUGUCAGCGGUUUUUUCGAUGGCCAUCCCUGCGUCAACUGGCGCCACGAGAACCUGAUGAGACUCUUUUUUCGAGCUCUUCGCUCCUUCAUGAAGCCCGGAGGCCUGGUCAAGGUUUCAUCAAGCAAAGGUGCGGUUGGAGUGAGAUGUUACUACAUCACGGAAGCAGCUCAGGAGAACGAGUUCGUUCACAUUGAGACGAUGCCAUUCCAGGAUUGGCACCUUCAUCGGUAUGGCCGCUCAUACGGAGACAAGCGAGAUGUGUAUCGCAGGCCCGGUCAAGGCGAGGGCUACAACGUGCAACGCGCGGAAGCAGACAUGGUGUACACUUUCAAGUAUGCACCGUCGGGUGAGACGCUUCCGCCACAAAGUAUCCGCAUGCCACCGAAGUUUGGUGUGCUGAAGUCGUGCCCAGAUGGCCCGUUCAGGACGCUCUUCGGAGAGGCGCGGGAACGGCAUGCCACUGCGCUUUACAAGCGGUUUGUCACGGAGUGUUCAGGCACCCAUGUUGGCUAG